UCAUCCAUGCUAACAUUUCUCCAAUGGAAACCAGGAGACCUGUGGACAAGCAUCAUCAGAGCGGGUUUAAGUUAACAAUGAGAAAAAACCAGAGUAAGACAAGCUAGGAGCAUCUGCAGCGGCUUGCUUUUGCCUGAUCCUAAUGGGAAGGACAACAUUUUCCCUCCUACUCCUAUCCUCUCUCCUCUUCUGAGUCAAUGGACUGCAAAAGCCUUUGCAUUUUGAGCUCAGUUUGCAGCAACUGCACUGAAGAGCAGCCAUGAAGUCCCUUGCCCUUCUUUUCACGGUGGUCCUCUUGAGCGGCUCCUUGGCCAACCCAGUCUUCCAAGAUGAACCCAAAUCCAAAUGGGAAGAGACUGUGGAAGUCUUCUGGGACUAUGUGACCCGAGUUGGGAAUGCAGCCGAUGAUGUGACUGCUCAGAUCAAGAGUUCCCAGCUCAGCAAGGAACUGGACGGCCUUAUCACGGACACCAUGGCGGAGGUGGAGCUCUACACAGAGGACCUGCGUUCCAAGUUUGGCCCCUAUGCUCAGGAAGCCCAGCAGCGCCUGACUAGUGAAGUGUCCGCCUUGUCGGGGAAACUGCGCACGGACAUGGAAGAGACCAAGACCAAGAUUGUCCAGUAUACCAAUGACGCCCGCGUCAUGAUCGACCACAACCUGGACAUGGUGCGCUCCCAGCUCAGCCUCUUCAUGCGCAAGCUGAAGAAGCGCCUCACCAAGGACACCGAGGAGCUGCGACGCAAGAUGGCCGCCUACACCGAGGAGGUACGGGCCAGCACUGAUGAGAAGGUCGAUGCCGUGCGCCAGAGCUUGGAGCCUUACAUCUCCAACAUCCGGGAGAAGGGGCAACAGCGGCUGCAGGCCCUACAGCAAGCCAUGGGAGAGCAAGGGAAGAUGGUGCAUGAGCAGCUCAGCAGCCGCGCUCAGGACCUCCACAGCCAUUUCCAAGAGAAGGCUGAGGAGGUCAAGGGCUCCUUUGACCAGGCCGCCGAGAAAGUGCGCCAGUGGUUCGCCCCGUUCCUGGAAGACGUCUCCUCCCAGUUCCAGUCUCUGGUGGAGAAAUUCAAGAGCCUGCAGUCCUAAUGGUCUGGCCCGGUCUGCUCUGGUCCCAGCAAAAAUAAUCCGGGCAUCCCUCGGUUGCCUUGGGAAUCAAGAUGGCCCCCAGACCUGAGACUCCUUGGUUUGAACAGCCAUCAGUGCUCCCCGUCAUGUACUAACCUCACACUGUCGCCUCUCUCACACAUACAAACACACACUGUUGUUGUCCCAGUUCUUCUUGGCCAGAAGUGCAGUGAUUAAAAUUCUGUGCGUUUUCUUCUGGCCGCCACUUUUUAGGUCCUGCGUUAGUAACUGUGUGAACCCCCGGCCAGAAAAGAAAAACAAAAAGGCCUCCUCCUCCUCCCUUGUUUUAACAUCUUAAGCCCGAGAUGCUUGUGUGCACAUCACUUUUUGUCGUGUUUUCUCGGCUGUAACUUGUCAUUUUUCUGUUUUGAUCUGUAACAAUAAAGUAUACUUUGGUUA